AUGUCCAGUGCCACAGCAACAGCAGACGGGGAGUUGGCACAGUUGGAGGCAGAGGUCGCCGCGGUCGUCGAAUCGUUCAUCCAGCUCGGCGUCUCAGUGCACGACUACCCGGGGACCACAGAGGCGACACAGGGUAUGGUCACGAACCUGCGGCGCAACGUCGACCGCGUGAGGAGACUCAACGAGCAAGCGAACACUCCAGGGAGCGUGCUCCACAAAGUGCAAGUGCCACUAGAGGUGGUACAGUACAUAGAGGACGGGAGAAACCCGGACGUGUACACGCGUGAGUUCGUGGAGGCCAUCCCUCGAGCAAACCAGUACCAGAGGGGCAAGAUGCUUGCUGUCGCACACCUUAGGGACUCCCUCAGCGAGAAAAUUGCCCAGGAGUUCCCUCAACUCAGUGACAGCGUUGCAGACGUCGUCAGACGCACCACGGUGCCGGGCCGCACACCAUCUAAGAGCAGCGACUGA